UUGAACUAUAUAAGCAGCAUACUAGUAUAUCAGUGUAGUACCAAAAUCAAAGAAAAACAACGAAAGUGUGUGUCAGGUUCACACCAUUCACCAUGUCAUUAUCAAAAUCAAAAGCUCUAUUCUUCAUCUUUAAAAUAUUGAUGUUGAAUUUCAUAACACCAAUGAUACAUGCAUGUGGUCCAUGCACUCAGCCAAAUCCACCACCUUACCACAAACCACCGAGCCAUCCAAAACCAAAACAUCCACCACAUCACGGCGGAGGAGGAGGAAGGCCAAUAGUGUUACCUCCUCCAGUGGUUGUUGUGCCACCCAUUAUCGUCACACCACCACUGCAACCACCUCCGACGAUCAUAUAUCCACCGCCAACAACCCCUCCUGUUUUUCCUCCUCCGAGUCCAAGGACUUGUCCAAUUGAUGCACUCAAGCUUGGACUUUGUUUGGAUGUUCUUGGAGGAGUUGUUCAUGUUGUAAUUGGAAACCCUCUUAAGAAUGUGUGUUGUCCUGUUAUACAAGGAUUGGUUGAUCUUGAAGCUGCAAUUUGUCUUUGUACUGCUAUUAGGGCUAAGGUUCUUAAUCUUAAUAUUUUUCUUCCACUUGCUCUUCAAGUUUUAAUCACUUGUGGGAAGACUCCUCCUCCUGGUUUUGUUUGUCCACCUCUCUAAAGCUCAUGGCUAAUUAAGUUAAAGUUUAUUUCUAGUUAAUUACUCUACUAAAUUAUGUGUAAUUUUCUCUUCUAAUUAGAGUUUUGGUGUUGAUGUAAUAUAAUGUGGGGUGUUCAGAGUUUGAACCCUCGCCUCUACAUAUACUAUACAAUAUCCAUGUCAACUGAGUUAUGCUUUCUAGUUAGUGUAUUAUAUAUCUCCUCCUAUCAA